GAAAAAGGAGCACAAAUUAAACAAAUUAUGAAAUCAAAAGAAAAUGAAAGCCAAAAGAAAGAAAAUAUAAUUAUACAAGUUAAGCAAGAAGAGGAUAAAGAACUUCCUGUAUUGAAAGCUGAUGAUGAAAACAGUUUGUUAGAACAAUUUGAAUUGUUCAACAAAUGUGUGGGUAAACGUAAGUCUAUAUCUAUUGCAAAAUCAACCAAACUAUCACAGAUUAAACAUGCUGCAGAUAAAAACAAUAUGAAAAAUGCAUCAAUUUUACAAACUGUGUAUAAUCACAAAAACCUCCAAAAGAAAAAAGGCGCAAUUUUAAACAAAGAAACGGCAUUAGGAAAUACAAGAAAAAUUUCUACUAAAACAGUCUAUACAUCUAUACCAUCAUCUAUUAAAACUAUGUCGGUAACAUCAUCUGUGUCACAGAGAAAUCAUGAAAAUAGUGAUAUAACAAAAACUGAAGCUGGAACUUCUGCAGAUAUGAAAAUGAAUCCCAUGAUUUACGAUGUUUCUGUAUCAGCAUCAAAUGUCUUGUCAGAUCACAAUUACGCUGGCUAUGCUGCGAGAAAUUCUAAUGCCGAAUCUACAAAACAAGUAUCUCUAUUGAAGUCAAAGUAUCAAAAGGUAUUAUGUAGUACCAUGGAAUGUUUUCAUAAGAGCAGUUCAAAAACUGAUAGUAAUCUGAAAUCUAAUAUAUCUAGUACGAACAAGAAACCAGUAUUAACUUUAUUCAAUCAUAUUCAAGCAACAGAUAAUUUGUCCAAAAAAAAGCAGUGUUCUAAAACGACAAAAGAAUCUGGUGCAGUAAACAACAUAUCUAUUAAUAAUAUAGAUAAGAUUACAUCAGCUUUGGCAAAGAUAAAAAAAGAUCGAGCUGAAGCAUAUAAUUCUCAUUUACAUGGAAAUACACAGCCAGCUAUGAUUUCUGUACUAAAAAAACUGCCGGACACAAUUCCAGCAGUUUUAUCUCACUCUAACACAAAUAUAGCGACUAGUGAAUGUAAAUUAAUUCAAAAUGUAAAUAAACCAAAUGUUGAACAUGCACAAGAGCAAGCGACAAAACCUCGUAAAAAAUUGAAUUUAUCUGAAUAUCGAAAUAGACGAGGUGAUGAUGGUAAAAUAGAUUCUUCACAGCGCACAAUAUUAAUAGAUGUCUAUCAUGCUUAUACUACAACAGAACCAAUUGACAAUCCUAUUGAUCCGCUUAAUCCAAUUUGGUCAGAAAGAAUAAUACUUUCAGUUACAAAAAAUAUAUCAGAAUUAAAACAAAGUGAAUUAAAGCCAAUUACUUGCGAAAAGAAAGUACAGACAUAUGAAACACUUUUUGAACUUUCUACAAAAGCAGUAAAUGACACAAAAGACAAAAAAGAAGAAAGAAAAGAAAACACACACGAUAGUAAAAAUGAUUGCAAUCGAGAAAAAAGCAUAGAAAUAUUGGAAGAAACCAUUAGGCGUUCCAGAAGCUUAAGUAGAUACAAGUCAAAAGACAAAAGCAGAAAUAAUAUAAAAAGAAGUAAGAUUAGGAGUGCAACUAGAAGCAGAAGUAGCAGCAGGAGUAGUAGCAGUAAUAAUAGCAGAAGUAGCAGCAAAAGUACUAGAAGCAGGAGUAGCAGCAAAAGUACUAGAAGCAGGAGUAGCAGCAGGAGUAGUAGGAGCAAGAAUAGAAGUAGUAGGAGCGGAACUAGAAGCAGGAGCUUCUCAAAUAGUCGAUAUCGCAGAAGAAGAAAAUUAAGCCGUAGACGUAGCUCCGUCGUCAGCUCGACGAGCAACAGUAGAUCGUCACACUCGUUUACAUCUAGAUCAAGGCAUUCACGUUCACGUUCUAGAUCAUUCCGAUCUAGAUCGAGAUCUUAUCUACGUUAUUACAGUCGUUCAAGAUCUUCUUCCCGUUCUACUUUUGAUAAAAAUAGAGGAUCAAAUUAUCGCAAAUGUAGUAAUGAUCGUGAAAGAAGUUAUAUGGAAAAAAAUAGCAGAUAUAGAAAAAAUUCGUGUAUAUAUAGAAGAGCUGGAUAUCAUCAGCGCCACGAUAACAGAAUGUCGUGGAGGUAAUGCAUGUUUUUUGAAAUAAACA